UGGCUCCCCGACGCCCCCUACCUCUUCGGCGCGCCCGGGCAGUCGGUGGUGAACAACACCCCCAGCCCGAUCAUCUACGCCCCGUCCAACGGUUACACACAGGAGGUGGCGCCGGACGUGGUGUACAAGACGCAGCGCGCGGCGAACGUGACGGACCUCCUGCAGGCGACAACCCCGGGCUUCAACUUCAACGUCACGUGGACGUUCCCGGCGGAGCAGGGGUCCCGCUACCUCGUCCGCCUCCACUUCUGCGACUACGAGGUGGUGAGCUCCGUCGUCGGCACUGGCAUCGUCUUCAACGUCUACGUCGCGCAAGCCAUUGGCACUCCAGACCUCACGCCGAGUGCUCGGGCGAGGCAGUCGAACGAGGCCUUCUACAUCGACUACGCGGCCAUGGCGCCGAGAGCCGGGAACCUCACCGUCAGCAUCGGCAGGUCGACGAAAAGCAGCAAAGGCGGCAUACUGAACGGCCUGGAGAUCAUGAAGCUGCAAACCGUUAAUCUGAGCUCGACGGGGUCGCACGGCCGGACGAAGAGAAUCGUCAUAAUCGUGCUCGCGACGGUGCUCGGCGCCGCCGUCCUUGCUUCCGCGGUGCUCUGCUUUUUCGUCGUGCGGCGGAGGAAGCGGAGGCAGGUGGCGCCGCCGGGGUCGACGGAGGACAAGGAGAGCACGCAGCUGCCGUGGUCACCGUACACGCAGGAAGGCAUCUCCGGCUGGGCCGACGAGUCGGCGAACCGGUCCAGCGAGGGCACCACCGCCAGGAUGCAGAGGGUGAGCACCAAGCUGCACAUCUCGCUGGCGGAGCUCAAGGCCGCCACGGACAACUUCCACGACCGCAACCUCAUCGGCGUCGGCGGGUUCGGCAACGUGUACAAGGGCGCGCUCGCGGACGGCACGCCCGUGGCCGUGAAGCGCGCCAUGCGCGCCUCCAAGCAGGGCCUGCCGGAGUUCCACACGGAGAUCGUGGUGCUGUCCGGCAUCCGGCACCGGCACCUCGUCUCGCUCAUCGGCUACUGCAACGAGCAGGCGGAGAUGAUUCUGGUGUACGAGUACAUGGAGAAGGGCACGCUGCGGGGCCACCUGUACGGCGGCUCCGACGACGAGCCGCCGCUCUCGUGGAAGCAGCGGCUCGAGAUCUGCAUCGGCGCCGCCAGGGGCCUGCCCUACCUGCACAGCGGCUACUCCGAGAACAUCAUCCACCGCGACGUCAAGUCCACCAACAUCCUCCUCGGCACCGACGGCGGCGGCAGCGCCGGCGGGGGCGCGAUCAUCGCCAAGGUGGCCGCCUUCGGUCUCUCGCGCAUCGGGCCGUCGCUGGGGGAGACGCACGUCAGCACGGCCGUCAAGGGCAGCUUCGGGUACCUCGACCCCGAAUACUUCAAGACGCAGCAGCUCACGGACCGCUCCGACGUCUACUCCUUCGGCGUGGUGCUCUUCGAGGUGCUCUGCGCGCGCCCGGUCAUCGACCAGAGCCUGGACCGCGACCAGAUCAACAUCGCCGAGUGGGCCGUCAGGAUGCACGGGGAGGGGAAGCUCGACAAGAUCGCCGACGCCAGGAUCGCCGGCGAGGUGAACGACAACUCGCUGCGCAAGUUCGCCGAGACGGCCGAGAGGUGCCUGGCCGACUACGGCGCGGACCGGCCGUCCAUGGGCGACGUGCUGUGGAACCUCGAGUACUGCCUGCAGCUGCAGGAGACGCACGUCAACAGGGACGCGUUCGAGGACAGCGGCGCCGUCGCCACGCAGCUCCCCGCCGACGUGGUCGUGCCGCGGUGGGUGCCGUCGUCCACCAGCCUGCUGAUGAUGGACGACGCGGACGAGACGGGCCUGAGCAUGACCGACCUCGCCGAUAGCCAGGUCUUCUCCCAGCUGAACGCCCGUGGCGAGGGGCGAUGAUCCAUCCAUCCAUCCACCACUUCCUGCACCAAUCUCUUGUGCAAUCUGUCUGUACCACUAGAGUAGAAGAUGUUCUCUGAAUCAAACAGAUUUCAACACGAUUCAGCAUUGAUAUGGAGGCGACGAUUGAUAAAAUGAACCCUCAUCUGGGCACCAUUGUUGGUGCUCCUCCACAGCUCUCAAACAUGUGUAAUUGUCCAUAAUAAUUUGCAGUUCCAUGUACUAUCGUCA